AUGGUUCUCGCAUUCGACAAGUGCGAGACGCGGCCGGCGCACAUUGACGCCAUUCUGAACAGCCUCGAGCGGUACAACCCCGAGACAGUGACGGCCUUCCAAGACUAUGUUGUGCAGCAGUGCGAGGACCGGACAUUUGACUGCUAUGCGAACUUGGCGCUGUUGAAACUCUACCAAUUCAACCCUCACCUCCUCCAGCCGGAGACCGUCACCAACAUCCUUGCCAAAGCUUUGACCGUCUUCCCAUCUCCCGCCUUUUCGCUGUCUCUCGCUCUCCUGCCCCCGCACACGCAGCCGUUCGGUCCGUCUGGUGGGGAUAAUCAACAACCGUCGCAAACGUCCGACUUUGUCGAGUCGAUCCAGAAGCUGACGCGGCUCAACACGCUGCUCGAGUCGGCGCAGUACGCUCUCUUCUGGUCGACGUUCAACUCGGAUGACCUGUAUGCGGAUCUGGUGGCGGACGUUGCCGGGUUCGAGGAGCUGAUCCGCGUGCGCAUCGCGGUCGAGGUCGGCAAGACGUUCCGUGAGAUCAACGCGGACGUGCUUGCGCAAUGGCUGGACCUGAAGAGCCGGGAGGCACUCGAGAAAUUUGUCGUCGACGUCUGCGGAUGGGAAGUGGACAAGUCGGGCAAGGAGGUUGUGAUCCGCGUGCCCAAGAACCGGGAGAACGAGGCCCGCAGCGAGGUCAAGAGCGAGCGGGUGGGAGUUGAGAUGUUUGGCCGUGUGGUCCGGAGAGGGUUCGAGCAGCCAGCGUAG